ACCAGCUUUGGCAGUUGGCUUCGCUGUCAAACGGAAAAUGGCAGCGACGAGUGUUGUCGUUCUCGACAGAGGCAACAAUACAACUUGUACCGUAAAUCUUUUCGGAGCUACGGUGGUAUCAUGGAGGGUUAACAAUCAAGAACAAUUAUUUGUAAGUAAACAAGCCGUGUUCGACGGCAAACGGGCGAUAAGAGGAGGGAUACCGUUUGUAUUUCCGCAAUUCGGACAAUGGGCGUUUGGGCCGCAACACGGGUUCGCGCGGGUAGCGCGCUGGCACGUGGAGAAGAUGCCGGAGCGACUCCCCAGCGGCGACGUCGAGGCCGUGUUCAGCUUGAUGGACGACGACUUCACGCGCUCCAUGUGGCACUUCCAAUUCAGACUGACGUACCGGCUGAUCCUGCGCGAGAAGGAGCUCCACUUCAACAUCGGGGUGUACAACCCGAGCAAGGAGCUGACGUUCAGCUGUCAGCUGCUGCUGCACACGUACUUCAAGGUGCCGGACGUGCGCCGCUGCCAGAUCACCGGCAUGCACGGCUGCAUGUUCAUUGAUAAGACGCGGGAAGGCACGGUGUACCAGGAGACUCGCGAGGUGGUGACCAUCAACGAGUGGACGGACCGCGUCUACCAGAACACGAUGCAGGAGCACAUCAUCACCAACGUCGUCAGCGGCCGCAAGAUGCGGAUACAGAAGUACAACUUCCCUGACACUGUGAUCUGGAACCCCUGGUCAGAGUACGCGAAGGAGAUCCCAGAUUUUGGCGACGACGAAUUCCCAAAUAUGGUGUGCGUGGAGGCGGGGCGGGUGGCCGCGCCCAUAGUGCUGCUGCCCGGGACUGCCUUCGAGGCCAGCCAGAUACUGCAGGUGAUGUAAGGUCCCGCGUCCAGCCGUCCAGUCGAGAAUGUCGGUCUUCAGCGUGGGUUACACAACAGAAAACACAACAUAUCUCACUAUAAUACCAUGUUAUAAAAUAUUGGCAAACAGGCCAAACUUUGGUGGUUUCAAGUUUAUAUCGGAGGUUUGAAAACCAGCAAUGACAUACAUUGCUGGUUUCACUACGCAAUGCAGGUACGUUCAUUAUGCGCUCGAGAAUAAGAAUAUUGUGAUCAACAAAUUUCAAUAAUGUCCAAGAGAUGGCAUCAUCAAAAUCUGUUGUAGAAUUAAGGCAGAUGCAGAUCGAAUGCGUAAAGGCCCAGCGUCAUCGUUGCCUCGAAGCAGCGCGUUGCGGCCCCGUUGUUUAAGUAGGUUUGAUAUUGACCUGCGUCGAAACUUAAUACAAUUUGUGCGUGGUGCUCCGUUGAUUCGUCGAUGGAGCGCAACGGGUCGGAGCAAUGGGGCCGGGCCCUAAUGCGUAGCGGUACAUAAUUCCAUACAAUAUCGCGCACCGUUACGCACCAGGCUCAAUGAGACAGUUUUUAUUGUCAAAUUCCAUGAUGAUUGUGCUGUUUACUGUACUUUGAACCACGAUAAACGUAGCGUCAAAUUCAUAUACGUCUGACGCUACUAAAAUAAAUAUGCGCAAUGUUUUGUUCAAACAAUGGACUCUGUUACUUUUAAUUUGGGUAUUUUCAAUUUUAAGCGGCAUUGUACAAAUAUGUACGAAUUUAUUACAUACGCCAUUUUUCUUAUGUACCUAAUGCUGUCAAUAAUUUGUCGCAAUAGAUCGGGCUGUAUUGUUGCAGUUAGGUUGUGCCGAUUUAGUUUUAUUUUAGAUUAACUUGAAUCACAUAUUGGCAUUGUCUUGCCUUAAUCUUGCCUUUAUUAGGUGUAAACUCGGCAUUAUAAAUUAAUUUAGACGGUAGCGAUACAUUUUUUAAUACGAUCAAGUAGAUUUAUAGAUCAAAAAAUUUAUUUCGGUGCAACUAAAAAUUUAUUUACCAAAAGAAGUUUGAAAACUUUAUUCAUACUUUAUUUAUCAGACUUUGUGUAAUGAGCACUCGAACUUGUAUUUUUCCGUAUCAUACUGUCUCUUUCACACAUUAUUUUAGUCAGUUUGCUAAGGUAACCUAACUUUAAAUCAGUUUUGAAGCAUUUGUGUAAUUCUUUCUGCGACUCUGUAAGUACCUAAGCGAUUUUUUAAGCAAACCAAAAGGUUUUGUAAAAACAAACGCUCAGCGUGCCUCGACGUGUAAUACUACUAGCAAUUUUAAGCCGGAUCUAGCGCGUUGUCUACACAAUCAACAUGUCAAUAUUCAACAAAAUCGUGUACACAAAAUAAUAUUCUUUCACUACACACUUUUUGCUUAAAUCAACAUUUUUUUUUAUUUCCGGUAAAAACGUACACACAAUUUUGUUUGCUAGAUUAACUGACUUUUCCUUAGCAUGUGUGAAUAAACAUCAAAUUUUGUGUUUGAAUGUUUUCAAAAAACUUGGCUGGAGAUCCGGCUUUAGUAAUUAACAUAAUGUUAAUCUAUGAAUUUUCCAAUAAAUGUAAUGUGUGUCAUUUUCGCUACAUUCACCAAUAUAGUUGUAAUUUGGUGCUCAAUUAGAAUGCUGCUGUAGGUUCGAGUAUUUAGGCUUCGUGCCUGGGAUGUUGUCUUUAUAAAUAUUGUUAAGAAUUUUGUCAAUUAUAAUACUAAUUUCGGUUGUGCUUGAAACAUUCUGUUAGCGAAAUAAAAACGCCAAUUUAUUGACAAUAAUAUUAUUUCAAGUGAAUUUCAAAGUAUGAUAACUAUUGGUUAUGUAAGUUUUCUUUAAAGUGUGAAAAGUUUUCAAGUACAUGAUGUACCUAAUAUGUAAGUGUUUCUCAAUAAUGAUAAUUAUGUCAGGCAUUCCAAGCUCAUUCCAAGUUAUUAGUAAAAAUAUUCCAUCGACUGUGUAUUUUAUUGUGUAACAAUUUGUUUUAGUUGUUAUUGUAUUUUCUAUGUCUUCCUAGUUUGUUAUGGUGUCUAACUAUAAAACCCAUGUCGAUAUUUCUCUAAUUUUCUUCAAGUUUCUGUAACACACACUGAAGUUCUCGAAGAUAAAAUCAAUCUCGACUUUAGAUUUAUUUCAGUAACAACAAAUACUCAGACCACUUUGUAACUUAUUGUUUUAACAAUGGUAUAAAAUAAGCAUUUUUUAUUGCAAUAGUUUAUAAUGUAGUUGUGAUGUUUGAUAACAAUGAAUACUGUUUUGUUAAUAUCAUUUAUUUGUAUUUUUGGGACCCGACAAAAGCCUCAUAUUUUGGUGGUAAAAUUAUUCCAGUUGACGAAAUAGUUAUCUACUUCCAGACGCUGUGUAUAAAAAUGCUUAAAAUGAUCAUUAGAACACAAACUAAGUAACUCACACACUUAUGUACAAAAUGAUGUGAUUUUUAAUUUUAAAUUUAUUUUGAUUUUUUUAUUUGGAACAAUUUUUGAGGCUUUUAAGGUAUACGAUGUUUAAUGUAAGGAUAUGUACUUAGCUGUAAUGAGUUCCUUGUUUUUUACUAUACAACCGAUUGGGUAGGUGUUUAUAAUGAUAAUCCGACGUUCUAUUAUGUCAUAUCAGCAUCAAAGAUGUGUUAUAAAAGUAAUGUUAUAAUGUUAUGUAAUCUAUUAGCAUUUUGGUAGUAUUUUGAUGCUGUCUUGAAAUAACUAGGAUGAAGUGAUAGGAUUAAUAAAUUCUCGGUAGUUUGAAACUGAGAAUCACAUCUGUAGAUGUAAGUUAAUGAUACUGACAAUUUUUGUAAUAUCCCUGAAUGUAUGUCAGACGAGUCAUAAUGCGCAUAAUAUGUAACUGGUAUCCGGACAACAAACUGUUGCAACUGAAUACAUCGAAAAUUAGCAACGAAGUGUACUUCCAUAGGUGCAAUAAAGUGAAUAACUAAGA